AAAUGACUCUGCCUUGUAAAUAUGAGUGGAGGGAGAGAUUUGACCUAGAAAUUCCUCCAUUAAACCUGAAGUGGUGAAUUUUCUGCCUGGGUUCCGAAGAGUCGAAAAUGGCCGACGAAGGCAAUAGAACUGCUUUCCUCGAAAUUCAAAGUCGCAUGAUCGAGACUACUGGGAAGCUGAAGCAGGUGCAGAACCAGAUGCGCAACAAGGAAGGUGAAAAGAAGCGUGCUUAUCUAACCUCUGAGGAGCUGCGACAGUUGCCUGAUGAUACAAAUGUAUACAAAUCCAUUGGGAGAAUGUUUGUAUUAGAGACCAAGACAACUUUAAUGACUGAACAGGAGAAUAAGAUUAAGGAUAGUGAAGCUUCAAUUACCUCUUUACAGAGCUCAAAAGAAUACCUAGAGAAGCAGAUCGCUGAGGUGGAAAAUAAUUUGAGGGAGCUGUUACAGCAUGAUCCUGGUCUCGCACAUCAAAUCAUGUCUAUGAAUGUGUGAUGUAAAGUUUUGAUUGUUAAAAUUCACUGUUAGUGACAGGUUUUCUUGUGCAUCUGGGCAAAUACAAAAAAUUUAGGACGUGUUUUAGAGGCAUUGUUGUAUGUUUGCAACCGGGUUACCUUAAUUUUUAAGAUUUUUGCCUUGAUAUGAGUCUAAAAAAUCCUAAAUUAUCUGCCUUGUCAUGCUGGUAAUUUCUGUAUAAUUUUAGUCUGCUAUCGCCUUUCUAAUG